GCCCCGCCGGCCGCUCGAGGCGCAGAGAGAUGGCGGAGUUGAACAUUGGGCAGCACUGCCAGGUGGAGCACUGCCGGCAGCGAGAUUUUCUUCCAUUUGUAUGUGAUGGUUGUUCAGGAAUAUUUUGCCUUGAACACAGGAGCAGGGAGUCACAUGGCUGUCCUGAGGUGACUGUAAUAAAUGAGAGACUGAAGUCAGAUACACACACAUCUUACCCAUGCUCCUUCAAGGACUGUGCUGGAAGAGAGCUCGUGCCAGUGGUGUGUCCUUAUUGUGAGAAGAAUUUUUGCCUGAGACACCGUCAUCAGUCAGAUCAUGAAUGUGAAAAACUGGAAAUCCCUAAGCCUCGCAUGGCUGCCACUCAGAAACUUGUGAAAGACAUUAUUGAUUCCAAGACAGGAGAGACAGCAAGUAAACGGCGGAAAGGUGCAAAAAAUAGUGAAACGGCUGCAAAAGUGGCACUGAUGAAAUUGAAGAUGCACGCGGAUGGAGAUAAAUCAUUGCCACAGGCAGAAAGAAUUUACUUUCAGGUUUUCUUCCCUAAGGGGAGUAAGGAGAAGAGCAGGCCAAUGUUCUUUUGCCAGCGAUGGAGCAUCGGAAAGGUCAUAGAUGCCGCGGCCUCGUUAGCCAGCCUUAGAAAUGACAAUAACAAGUCAACGGCUCAGAAAUUGAGGUUAUGUCACGUUACCUCAGGAGAAGCCUUGCCCUUGGAUCAUAUUUUGGAGACCUGGAUUGCUAAGGAGGAUUGUCCUUUACAUAAUGGUGGAAAUAUCAUCUUGGAAUAUCUUAAUGAUGAAGAACAGUUUUUAAAAAACAUUGAUUCCUACUUGGAAUAGUCGUUCAAGGAUUCGAGCCAGGACUCAUGAAGAAAAUUCAGUGUUAAUUUCUUUUACUGCAAAUGCUAUAUAUUUUUUAUUUGUAAAAGUUGCUUUUUAUUUCCAUUAUGUCAUAAUUUAUCAGUGUUUUAUUAAAUUGAAUUUGAGUGUUUUAAAGUUUAACAA